GACGCGAUAGCGAUGUAUGCUCGUCCGAUUCCAUGGCCAGGGGAAGGAGAGAUGCUCCUGCGGGUCCGUUCGUUCGCGGUGAGUGGUGCAGACUUGGAGCAGGUGAAGGGAAGGUUCGUUGCCCCGAGAGGAUGCACCGACAUCAUCGGCAUGGAGGUGUCUGGUGAGAUCAUGAUCGUAGAUGAGGAGACCGAUGGCAUGGUCGAGGGCGGAGCAGUCUGUGCGAUGGUCUCAGGCGGAGGUUACGCUGAAUUCUGUGUUUGCAAGAAGCAACAGGCGCUGCUGCUCCCUAGAGGAUUUGACUGGAAUGUCGCUGCUGCUAUGCCGCUGGGCCUGUGCGUUGCAUGGUCUUGCCUGUUCGAGCUGGCGGAGCUGAAGGAAGGAACGUCGGUCCUCAUCCAUGGAGGGGCGGGUGGGGUCGGGCACAUCAUGAUCCAGGUUGCAAGAAACUUCGGCAUCGAGGUCUUCACGACUUGUCGCUCCAAGCAGAAGGUUGAAUUCUGCUUGUCCUUGGGAGCUGACUACGCAUGUGAGAGCAACACAGAGGACAUCGACAAGAUCGUAAGGACGGCAACAUGCGGCAAGGGUGUGGAUGCUGUGAUAGACUGCAUAGGAGGAGAUACGAUCGAUCGCAACAUUCAGUUGCUGAAACCAGGGGGGAAACUUGUAUUCCAAGGCUGCAUGGUGGAGGAGGGGAAAUUCAAUAUUCAAAGGUUGAUAGAGAAGAAGGUUGAAGUGCUGGGAUGCUCCAUCCGCAACAGCGAGGAGGAGUUCAAGAACAAGAUGUUCAAGGCAAUACGAACUAAGGUAUGGCCCCUGGUGCUCGAUGGGAAGAUCAGGCCUCAUCUCAGCUCCGUUUACCGCAUGUCCGAGGUACAGACAGCCAUUGCAAAGAUGAGAGAGGAGACGCGGGUUGGCAAGCUGGUCUGCAGCAUAGGAGGAGAAUUUUUGAAGGCAGCCGACUGAUGCUACGUUCGCUCCCCGAGAGCAGGACUGCAUCGGAGUUUAGAUUCUCACUUCGAUCCUCGAGAUCAACGUCUGUGGGGUGGAAACCUUCAGCACUCCGGCAAUCCUUCCUUGUCAUCACCGACGCCUGAGACUAUCUCUUCCUCGGAGGAGAGGAGGAGCAUGCUCGUGGACUUACCCAUUCUGUGUGUCGUUCGAGGACUUAACCAUCCUGUGCCUGCCGUGGUCGCUUUCGCGCAUGGAACUGCG